AUGAAUGGUCAGUUAACAGAAGUGGUGGACACUAGGACGAAGCGUAAUAAAGAAAAAUCAGAUGUAUUUAAUGGUAAAAAAGAAUUUCAAAUAUUAGAAAAUUCUUUAGAAGCCGGUGAUGAUUAUUUGAAAAUUGAAGAAAGUUGCGAAAAAUUAAUAAAAAAUUCUGAAUGUUUAUUAGAAUUUAAUUAUAGUACAAAUGAAAAAGAGUUUACACAGUUAACAUCAUUAAUAUAUAUAAUACAGUUUGUAUUACGUACUAUUAAUAAACAUAGGAUAUAUUUAGAAGUGAAAUCAUUAAAACAAUUUCUACUUGAAGUAGUACCAGAAAUUGCUACUCUAGAUAUUAUCAAUGAAUUAUUAAAUAAAGAUAAAUUACGUUCAUGUAAAAUAUUUAAACAAUUAUUUGAAAUUAUUAAUAAAACGGAAAAUUUUUCUAAAUAUUUUCAAUUAUAUAAAAAUACAACCAAUAUCACUGUUACUGAUAAUAUCGCAACAAUAUCGCUUAAAUCUAUUGAUAAUGAAGAAGAUUCAACAUCAAAUAACAAUAACCAUGAAGAAAACGAACUAUCUAUAUGUCAAUAUUAUGAAAGUAUUUUUGAUGUUAUUUUAACAUUAGCUAAUCAAGCAUUAUUCCAGAAUGAUAUGUAUGAAUCAAAUGAUCUUGAACCAUUUAAAAUAACGUUAACAAAUUUUAAAAAUUAUUUGACAUUAUAUUUUUGUAAACAUGAAAAUGAUCAAUUAUCUCAAUUAUUAAUGGAAGAUAAUUUACCAAACAGCGAUCAUACACUUUGUUUAUCAAUAUUACUUAUAAUAUGGAAUUUUGUCGAUAAACCAAUAUUUGUAUCAGCAUUUAUUGAAACUGGUUAUGCAAAAGCCGUACUAGAUUGGAUACAACUACCCUUUGUAAAUCUUGAACAUAAACGUUCAUUUGUUAGUAUUAUACAUAAUCUCGUACGUCAAAAACAAGGACAAAAUGCAUUUAAACAAGAAAAUGCUAUUGUUAUAUUAGACAAAAUACGUUCAACAAUUGAAAACUAUCAAGAUUUUGACAUGAAUAUAGUUUAUUAUAUGGGAUUAAUAUUGAUUGAUGGACAUGAAUUAAUUGAAACAUUUUUGAAACAAUCUAAAGAUUCAAUAAAAAAUAUCCUUAAUACACUUUUCAACAAGAAUGUACGAGCAUGUCGUAACUUAAUUAAACAUAAAGAACUGAAAUAUCACGGCUUUCAUUUAUCUGAAUUAUUAGUCGUAUUAGAAAAAUUAUUUAUUUCGGAUUUUAUUGUUAAAUAUUUUUUAACAAACGGAGAACCUGAAAUAGAUCGAGUAUCAUCACAUCACUUAUCAUCACUAUCAUCAUCGUCUUCGUCUAUUUCUUCGUUAACAUCUUCAUCUAUCUCAUCAGAAUCAUCAACAUUUUUAUUGGACGAUAAAAAAGAUUCAAUAAAAAUAUUCUCUGAUGCGUUACUAUCUAUCUAUGGUACAGUUACUCAUGGUGAUGAUCGUGGUAAACUGGCAUGUGAAUCAUUAAUGAAAAUUCUGUGGAGUAUAACAUUCUACUCUGAUGAUGAACAAAUAAAACAACAAUUAAAGUCAAACGGUAUUCUUAUAUUUCUUCUUCAUUCUCUGUCUGAAAUAGAUCAUAAGGUAGCUGAAAUAGCUAAAUGUAUUUUACAUAAUCUUCAUGAAAUAUUACCAUCAUCUUUGUCAAAAAGCGCAUCAUUAUAUAAAAUUCCAGAACCAUUUGUUCUAUUUUGCUAUUCCAGUCAAGAUGAACAGUCUGUUAAACAACUAAUUCAUCCACAAACAUUCACCGUUUAUCCAUUAUUAAUAGACGAUGAUAACAAUGAGAUUAAAUCUUGGGAUGAAAUAAAAUUUUUGGUGAUACAUGCUUCAAUUUUCGUAGUUGUAGCCACAAAAUAUUCGUAUUCAUCAAGAUAUUGUCGACAAAUAGCUAAAUAUGCAUUGGAAUUAAAAAAAGAAAAAAUUGUAUUAAAGAAAAAUUAUACAACACAAGGUUGGUUUGAAUCACUAACAAGUGCUAAUGCCAAUAUACACAACAGAUGCAUAAUAUUUAAUUUUACUACCGACGAUGAUAAUCUAGAGAUGUUUAAUUAUGAAGAUAGAAUGACAAUUUUAAAUUUGAAUGGUGAAAUUGCAAGUAUAAUUGAAGAAAAUCAGAAAUUUGAGCUGUCAAAUGAAACGAUAAAAAUGAAAAAUCGAACAAACGUGAAAAGAAAUAUAAGAUCGUCACUCUCUCGCUUCUUUUCAAAGGAGAAAACGAACAUUGAGAACGUUUAA